UAGCUAGGGAGGGGAGGACUAAGUGUAGCACCAAGACCAGGACCGGACCCGGGACUGAGCAGGGCCACGCGCGUCGAGAUCAACCAUAUCGCGGGGUAGUGUCCGCCUAGCGACCAGGCAUGAGAACGACCCCGGUCGAGGGUGCGCGCGAGAAGGGGGGGGCUCACUUUUGUGUGCUUUUUGGUGAAUAUCCGUCCAGGCGAGACAGGGGUGUUCUAGUCUGGGCUCAAUCAAAUCCCUUCGAUUGAUUUGCCGAAAAGCAGAAAACAGGGCCCUUUCCCCUUCUACGGCGCAAUGUUACUCACAUAAUAGUACGAAGGCGUUGUACCUACCUGACCUACAUGUCUAACCUACCUACCCCAAGCCCUCCCCAGGACGGAUGGGAUCCCGGGAUUUUGUUCCAAAGGGGAUCGCCCUUAUAUAAACCGCCCGCAGAUCAUCCUGCUCGACGAGGGAGCCGAAAAGAGUAAGAAAGAAAAAAGUCCACUCGGACUCGUCUUCUGGGUCUCUUCUCCCUCUUUCUCUCCUCCUCUAACCCCUCCACCAUCGUGUCUGACUCUGUCACUGCCUCUGCCCGCGACUUUUACCAGCGCCGUGCUCGUGCAGGCCAUCAUACCAUGGCGGCCACGUUGAGAGUCGACGAGAAGAGCGAUAUCGACCAACCCGACGCGGUUGCGGUCGAAACGAAGAGCGAUGGCUCCGCCGAAGGACCCGGCUGGACGGUGGAGGAGGAGACUGUCGUCCGUAGAAAGCUGGACUGGCAAUUAGUACCUACCGUCACCAUCCUAUACCUCCUCUGCUUCCUCGACCGGAUAAAUAUCGGGAAUGCGCGUAUCCAGGGAUUGCAGGAGGACCUGGACCUCCAUGGAUACCGAUUCAACAUCGCAACCAGCAUCUUCUACGUCAUCUACCUGGUGGUCGAGGUGCCCUCCAACAUCAUCCUCAAGCACGUCGGCCCGCGCUUCUACCUGCCGGGCCUCGUGGUCGGCUUCGGCGUCGUCUCCAUUGCCACGGCGUUCGUGCACAACUUCGAGCAGCUCUGCGCCCUCCGCGCGCUGCUGGGUGUCUUCGAGGGCGGUACCAUGCCGGGUCUGUCCUUCUUCCUCAGCUCCUUCUAUAAGCGUGAGGAGCUUUACUUCCGAAUCGGCAUCUUCGUCUCGGCCGCCUCGAUCGCCGGCGCCUUCGGCGGUCUUCUGGCUGCCGGCCUCUCGCAGAUCCCCGAGUGGGGUGUUGCCGGCUCCCAGCUGCACACGUGGCGCAACAUCUUCUUUUUCGAGGGCAUCAUCACCGUGAUCGCCGCCCUCUUCGCGCCCUUGAUCCUGCCCCAGAGCCCCGAGACCUCGACGCACCUGACCGCGCGCCAGCAGUGGAUCGCCGCCGAGCGUCUCCGGCUCGAGCACAAGGCGCACGCACACGAGAAGGUGCGACCGCGCCACGUCCGGCGCGCGCUCCUCAACAUCAACAACUACAUCUGCGCCGCCGGCUUCUUCGCCAUCAACAUCACGGUCCAGGGUCUGUCGGUGUUCAUGCCGACGAUCUUGCGCGAGCUCGGCUGGCAGUCGCUGCAGGCGCAGUACUACACGGUGCCCGUGUACGUGGCGGCGUCGCUGAUCGCUAUCGCCGUCAGCUUCAUCAGCGACAAGACACGGAAGCGAGGCCUGUAUCUGGCGAUCUUCACCUUCCUCGGGAUCACGGGUUUCUCGAUGCUGCGGUGGGGCCAGGGCAGCCAGCUCAAGUACGCCGCGGUGUGGCUGUGCGCGCUGGGGGCCUUCCCCGGCGGUCCCGGAUUCCUGUCGUGGGGGCUCAACAACGCGGCGGGGCCGGCGGUGCGGGCGGUGUCGGGAGGCUGGAUCGUGACGCUCGGGACGAUGGGCGGGAUCCUGGCCGUGUGGGCGUACCUGCCGAACGACGGGCCGUCGUUCCCCAUCGGCCACACAAUCAACCUGGUGGCGCAGAUCUGCGUCCUGUUCCUCAGCUCGUUCGGUAUCUUCUACUGCCUGCGCGAGAACAAGCUGCGCUCACGCGGCGCGCGCGACCACCGCCUUGUCGGCCUCACCGAGGAGGAGAAGAUCGACCUCGGACACCUGCAUCCCGACUUCCGGUACAUGUCGUGACGGCCCCUUCUCUCGCGGGUGUGCCAGCGGGUUUAGCCAAGGGCGGUUUCUAUCCUUUUUCUAGUCGUCCCAGGGUUCCGCGCGCGUGCCCUGCAUGUGCGCGUGUUUUUAUAUGUUAUAGGGUACGGCUAUCGC